CAGGCUGUACAGCUAACAUUUGUUGUUAUUAUUUGACUAAAAAGACCAAUGAACAUGAUCACUAAUUUGUGAUACCUUAGCUGAGCUAAUUUAAGUUUCUCCCUCCCAUACACAAUUUGGAAAAACAGGAAGAGAACCACAAAGAGAGAAAUCAAGAGUCUUUUAUCACUUGAGUUGAAAGAUGGCAUCAUUUGCAGGCACUACCCAGAAAUGUAAAGUGUGUGAAAAGAAAGUGUACUGGGUGGAACAGCUCACUGCAGACAACAAGGUGUACCAUAAAUCUUGCUUCAGAUGUCACCACUGCAAGGGCACCCUCAAGCUGAGUAAUUAUUGUUCCUUUGAGGGUGUUCUGUACUGCAAGCCUCAUUUUCACCAACUCUUGAAGAUGACUGGCAGUUUGGACAAAAGUUUUGAAGGUGUUGCCAGAAUUGCUAGAGUGGAAAGAUCUUCCGAUCAGGUCCAAACCAACAGUAAGAUUUCAAAAUUGUUUUCUGGAACUCAGGAAAAGUGUGUUGGUUGCAAGAAAACAGUGUACCCAAUUGAGAAGGUGGCUGUUGAUGGCAAAUCUUACCAUAAGUCUUGCUUCAAGUGCACCCAUGGAGGUUGUGUAAUCAGCCCAUCAAAUUAUGUGGCUCAUGAACAUCGUCUUUAUUGUAGACACCACCAUACUCAGCUGUUCAAGCAGAAGGGUAACUUCAGUCAAUUUGACAAGCCUGAAAUUGUCCAAGAGAUCACUGAGGACACACCAUCUGAGUAAUGCUAUAGAACUUUCACCAUACAGUGGCAAUACAAGUCCAGAUGAUGACUCUUUUUAGGCAUCAAGUGGCACCAUUACAAAUCCCCUGUUCAAUUCAUUUUAUAACAUAUAUAUGUUACUAUGUUUGUGAGGCAAGUUUGUAAAGAGGACUUUAAUUUAAUUUGUUGCAAUUUAUUUUUUA